AUGGGCUCAGUUCCGGAUACGAAAGCCAAUGUCCUCCUAGUCGGCUCAGGUGGAGUCGGCACCAUGGCAGCUUACGCGCUUGAGAAGGGAGGCAAGGCCAGUGUGACAGCAGUCCUGAGAUCCAAUUACAAGGCCGUCAAUGAGGAUGGCUUUCACAUCAAUUCUAUCCAGCAUGGCAACAUCAAGAACUGGAAGCCAAGUACUAUUCGAAACACGAUUCCAAAUGUCACCGACGAGGACCUACACUACAACUAUGUAGUCAUAACCACCAAAAACAUCGCCGAUGUCCCUCCCGCCAUGACGGAUGUCAUCGCUCCAGCCGUCACCCCUGGACUAACCAACAUCCUACUCUUACAAAACGGCCUCAACAUCGAACGCCCUUUCACCAAGGCCUUCCCAACCAAUCCCAUCCUGUCAGGCAUAACAGUCAUCGGCGCAUCGGAGAACCCCCCCGGCACCAUCAAGCACGACAACUUCGACAUCUCCUACAUCGGUCCAUUCGACAACCCCAACAUCAAGAAUGAGGUACCUGAGGCCGCAGCCCGCUCAUUCGUGGAGCUCUACGACGCGUGCUCCGCGGUCAAGUGCACCUACGACAGCGACGUGAAAUUCAGCCGGUGGCGGAAGCUCCUCUACAACGCGAGCUUCAACACGGUGGCGACGAUCCUGCGCAUGGACGUGUCGCGCAUGCGCGCCAGCGAGCACGUCGUCGACGAACUGAUCCGCCCGCUCAUGCUGGAGAUCGUGGCCACGGCGGCCGCGAAGGGGGUGGUGCUGCCGCUGGAGGAGGUGGAGAAGAUCAUCACGGUGGAUUUGUACGAGAGCUUCUUCCUGCCGAGCAUGGCGCAGGACAUCAAGAAGGGGAACUUCACCGAGUUUGAGAACGUCGUCGGGGAGCCGCUGAGGGAGGCCGAGGAGCUGGGCGUGCCUACCCCCACGCUCAAGGUUGUUUAUGGGCUGUUGAAGGGCUUGCAAUUCCAGACUAAGGAGGCGAAGGGCUUGGUCGAGGUGCCGAAGGAGAGCUCACCUGCAAUGAAGUACGGUGAUAAGAAUCAGACAUGGUGA